AUGGAUGCGUCGAUGACUUCCGAGCCGGUAUCGGACUUGGCAGUUGCAGCGCAAUACGCAGAUGCUGAGCUUCACUCAAUCACGUCGCAGUUUGCAAACUCUACGACUAUGAUCGAGGGUGUUAAAGCGCCAAUGGUGGCUGUUGUUGUCGACGACAGCGAUAGCGACAAAAGCUCGGAAGACGAAGCAACAGUGAAACAACACACUGGAAAGAGUAAGGCGCGUGAAGUCGAAGCUGCUGGCGAGAGCUCGAGUUCGAGCGACGAAGAGGACGAGGACCCUGUUAAAUUGCGGGAAGAGAUCGAAGCAGCCAUGACGAAGAAAGACAACAAGAUGAGCGGACUUUUGACGACUGAGCACGAGGUUGUGACUGCACCUGUGCGUGAGCCAGAUGUAGAGCUAACGAAGGACUGCCCUGUCAUUCACUGUGGCAGUAUCUUGAAUGUGAGUUUGCCCGGUCUCAUGAUGACGAUCAAGUCCAAUUCAAAGAGUAAACCACUGGACGAAGGGAGUGUGUUGUGUUUAGAGGACCGCACCGUGCUUGGAUGUGUGGAUGAAGUCUUUGGUCCUAUCCUGAUGCCAAUGUAUUUAGUUCGGUUUGAGAAUGCCAGCAAGAUGCCCGAGAAAGCUGCGGUCAAUACUGCUGUCUACUAUGCGACGGAGCACACAACGUACAUUAUCCCGGAGAAUAUCAAAGACAAGGGCACGGAUGCUUCGAAUUUAUUUGACGAAGAGACUGAGGAGACGGAAUUUUCAGAUGACGAAGCCGAGGCAGCUUCGAAGCGAGGAAAGCGCAAGCGAAAUCGGGGUACUGCGCCGAGCAUUUCAGGCGACAACGCUAGCUUCGUGCCGUCCUACAGCGGACGCGCAAAUCGCGGUGGACGUGGUGGUCGCGGUGGCCGUGAGGGCAACUUCACGGACUACCGUGCUCGACAAAAUACAUCGCCUCACGGAGGUCGCGGUAGGUAUGUUCAGCAGCCGCCAAUGCCCGUGAUGCCUGCUACCGGUGUGACCACAAUUCCUGCGUUUCAGACUCAACCAUACGGUGGUGUGACGAAAUACACGCAGCCAGGCGGUUUUGGCGGAGCAAGACCGCCCGCGGUGUAUGGAAACACGAAAUAUACGUCUCCUCGAGGCAACGGAGUGUCCCCACUACCCAUGCCGGCGUAUCAUGGAGUGGGUAUGCCGCAACCUCAGCAAGCUCCAUCGCGUGGCUAUUGCCAGCCCCCGCCAUCGCACAGUGCGCACAAUUUGCCUCCACACCCGCCCCAGGCCUCAUACCAGCAGUACCCUCCGCCACCGACUGCAGCUUACUUGCAGCCGCAACAAGUACUAUGCACACCUUAUGGCCAACCUCAGCCACCACGGUACCGUCAACCCCCGCCUCCACCUACGCCAGCACACUACAGAGUAAAUGGCCAGCAGCAGCCACCACCACCGCCGGGACAGCCUUACGACCAAAGGCGUUAUUAA